AUGGUUAAUUCGGGAGAGCCUGAAAGAAUGGCGCUUGCAUCCCUUGGGUUGUUAGUAAAUGGGUCGCUGACUCUUGACCACUUGGAUCCCCCACGUGAAAGACGAAAAGGGUUUUUAGUCCCAAGGUUUAUGCCAAUGAGCGAUGGCGAUGGGAAAACGAGGCUGGCCUUCUGGCAACACAUGGUGGCGGGCUCGCUCACGGGCAUCAUCGAGCACUCGGCAAUGUUCCCGGUGGACACCGUCAAGAUCCACGUCCAGAUGACUCCAUCGUCAAACUCUUCUCCCUGCUCGCGAGCCCUCUCGGGCGCUGUGCGAUCCAUCCUCAAGAGCGAUGGCCCCGCGGGCUUCUACAGGGGCCUGGGCGCGGUGGCGAUCGGCGCUGGGCCCUCGCACGCCCUCCACUUUGCGGUGUACGAGCUCGUUCGCGACCGGCUCGGGGGCAACGAGGACGAGCACCGGCGGCGCCACCACCGCGUGGCGGCGGACAUGGCCGCGGGCGCCGCCGCCACCAUCGCCGGCGACGCCCUCCACACGCCCAUGGACGUGGUGACGUGGCGGCGUGUACGGCUGGAGGAUCUUCCGUACCAAGGGUUCCUGGCGUUUUACGCGUCCUACGGCCCCUUCUCCGCCGUACAGUUCGCCACGUACGCGGCCGUCAAGAGGAGGAUGCUGGACGCCGGGGAGCACCGGCGGGGGCGCUGGCCAGGUGUUUGCGGUGCUGCGAAGUAUGGGACGAAUUCUAUAGCUGCGGUUGCGCAACACAUUGUUGCAAAGGAAGGCUGGGCGGCCUUGUUCAAGGAGGUGGUUCCUAGGGUUUUGUUGCAUGGUCGACUUACGAGGCUGGGACGGCGUUUCUACGUACUUUGGACUCGUCCAAGAGCGUAA